AUGUCCCAGGCUCCGUCCAGACUCAAGGGACAGAGGGUUGGAAAACCUCCGGUCCACGAGGUUACGCGGCAUGAGAUCCUCUCGAGUCAUAAGGACACACCCUCACAGCUCACAAUGUCCAUGGAGUUCCCAGAUAUUCCCAGCGGCCUGUUCCCUACCCUUCGUGUGUUGGGUACGACCUUACCACCGGAGUUCGAUGCCUCGGCCAUAGAUGCUAAAGAGAUUGCCCGGGAAUGGUUUCUCGAAUUCCAACAUGCUUCCUCCCAACCCGAUCCCAGCGCCCUCGUCAACCUGUUUCUGCCGGAAAGCACUGGCGUCCAAGUCUGGUGGAGGGACAUGCUCGCACUGACAUGGGACUUCCGAACGUUUGUGGGGCGCGAUGCCAUUCGGAAUUUCGCACUGGAUCGAGUCGUUGGGGCAGCUGCACGGAGUGAGGUCAAGAUGGAGGACCUUCGUCUUGCCGAAACAACUUCAAAGGACGCACUAGGACCCGUUUUCAAGCGACCCUCACCCGACAUGGCCUGGAUUCAGUUCUUCUUCCGAUUCAAGACUGUCUCUGGAAUCGGAUCCGGGAUCGUUCGCGUUGUCCCUGUGGGUGUUUCCAGCGUCGACGGACUUUCUGAUGCAGGGAAUUGGAAGGCCCAUACUAUCUACACUAACCUCGAGGGCUUGAUCGAACAUCCUGAAGCAGUGGGCUCACUGCGAAAUCAGGAACCAAGUCACGGCCACUGGGAAAGCAACCGUCGCAAAGAGGUGGAAUGCGAAGGAGCCGGAGUGGAGGGUAAGCCCACCGUCCUCAUUGUUGGUGCUGGUCAGUGCGGUCUGGCGCUGGCUGCGCGUUUGAAGAUGCUCGGCUUGAAGUCCCUCAUCAUCGAGCAGAACGAACGUGUGGGCGACAAUUGGAGAAACCGUUACGAAGCGCUGUGCUUGCAUGACACUGUAUGGAUGGACCAUAUGCCAUAUCUUCCCUUCCCCCCUAAUUGGCAGGUGUACACUCCAGCAACGAAGCUCGCCAAUUGGCUUGAGCACUAUGCGGAGAUAAUGGAGCUCAACGUGUGGUUGUCGUCUUCGACCCAGCGCGUCGCACAAGACCCAGAGACGAAGAAAUGGGACGUUACUAUUGUAAGAAAAGUCAGACGAGCAGACGGCACCACAACCGACGUCGUUCGCCACUUCAGUGCCAUUCCUCAUCUCGUAAUGGCGACUGGUUCUGGUAGCGGCAUUCCGGAAAUACCCCUGAUCGACGACGUGACAAUGUUCCAGCGCUCUUCGACGUAUGUAAUGUCUGUUGCGAAUGGCUGGAAGGCUGCUGAAGUCAAACAUAAAGAACUUUACGGAGAAAAAUCCCCUCCAGUCGACGUUGCUGAUCGAAUCAGCGCUUCUCUGCCCCUCUGGGCUGCUAUCCCAUUGAUCCAGGAAAAGGUUCGAAAGAUUGCUGAGCUCGACAAACCACUCCUUGAUGCUCUCCAUAAAGUCGGAUUCAGAACAAACCUUGGAUACAUGGACGCCGGGUCAGCACUGUCACACCUGGGCAGACUUGGAGGAUACUACUUUGGGGCAUCCCGCUUGAUCGCUGAAGGCAAGAUCAAGCUCAAGAACGACUCUUUAAUCAAAGGGUUUACCAAGACCGGACUGCGGUUUGAGGAUGGAUCUGAGCUCGAAGCAGACGUGGUCGUGUUCGCUACAGGUCUGGGCGAUAUUAACAAGCGUAUUAGUCGCCUCAUUGGUGAGGACCUUGCCAAGGAGUGCACCGAGAUCUGGGGGGUAGAUGACGAGGGAGAAAUACGGGGUGCCUGGAGGGGUACUGGAAUACCCAGGUUUUGGUACAUGAUGGGCUCGCUCGCCCCUAGUCGUUUCCAUUCGAAACACCUUGCCCUUCAAAUCAAGGCCAUUGAAGAAGGACUCCUUGUGAAACGAUAUACCGCCAAGGUAUCAAGCACGACAUCUGCAGAUUGUAAGAUCGACUUGCCACCUACAUCAUGA